AAGACGCGCCAGUAAGUGCUGCAGCUGCGCCGGACAGAGAAACUCCAGACUUAAGUCAGAUACUUACUCUCUCUCACACACUCCGACUACCUACAACAAUGGCCGACAAGCCCGACAUCUCUGAGGUGACCAAAUUCGACAAGAGCAAGCUGAAGAAGACUGAGACGCAGGAGAAGAAUCCACUACCUACAAAAGAGAUCAUCGAACAGGAAAAGCAGUCGUGAAGCCCCUCCCUCUCACCAUGUACUGUACACGCCCCCUCCUCCUCCCGCAUUGCCUUGUUUUCAGUCACAUCUCUUUAGCUGUAUAACUUUGUAUAACCUGAAAUCAUGAAAACGACAAACCGAGCUGCACCACCUGUUGGAUGGAUGAUGCUUUCAGGGGACUCCAUCCCCCCACCACCACCCUGUCCACCCUCCUCAGCGGCAGAAACGGCACUGUCAACAUCUAGGGUGAUGAAGCUUUGUCCAUGACGGAGGGGGACGAACGGACGGCAGAAGAUGCACGUCACUUAACACCUUUACGACCAACACUGGCGUCACAGGGCGUGGCCUGCGCAGUCUUUGUCCCAGGAAGCUCGUCAUCAUUGCCGCCACACACACGAAAGAAAACGCACCCAACUUCCUGUGUGGCUGCUUUUGCGCCAAAGCUGAGGUGUCAAGCUUUUUUGUCUAAUUUUUUUUCUUUUUGGGAAAUGCACAACUUUGAUUGUAUGCUGGCCAAAAUGUAAAUGCCCCAAAAAUCACACCAUGUUUGUUUUUUCUUUUGUACACAAGGUUAAGGGAAAAAGUGUAACAGGUUUCAUCUAGUCGUGGGAGAUGCACAAACGGACCUUAUUUACGGUUAAAUUGCACCACAUAUGUCAGAGUUAAUCAUGAUAUCGUCUCUGUUAAGUUUUGCCUCUGAAAGGAAGAAAACCACCAGUGAUUGAUUCAGUGUGUUUGCUUUCAACCGUAACUUACUUUUUUUUUUUU